AUGAGUUUAGAUUAUGCUUCGAAAAGAGUAAUGAACAUUUUAAAGCCAAAACUAAUCAAUGUUGAUGGCCGACAGUAUAGGCAUUUGACUCAAGUAAAUUUAUCUAACACAGAGACUAAUAUUGAGAAAGAGGCUGGUAUUGCUCCAUAUAUUGAAGAAGGAGGUGAACAGAAGCAAAUGAUUGAAAAUCAAACAAAAACAGUAUUAAAGUUACCUAAAAAGGGUCAAGAUGGAGAUAUUGAAAUAAGUGGAAAUAAUCAAUCUGGUAUACUGACAGCACAAUCAAAAAUAAUGAGUAUAAUUGAUUUAAACAGAAGAGAUCAACCUUCAACUCAUUUCUUGGCAAUAAAUCUAGUAUCAGAUGAUCUCAAAGAAUCUUUUAAUUUAUUUAAAAAUAAAGUUAUCCAACUUAAUGUAAGAUAUUUUUUAUCAUUUUGGUUAUGA